CGCAUGCGCUUUGAAUUGUAGCAACAGCACGGACAUUGAAAUUUACUCUCACAAACUGACACCAGUCUCAGAAAUAACGGAAAAGACAGAAAAAUGACGGCUUACAAGGCAGCAGACUCCAAGAGAGAAGAAUAUAGAAAAUAUUUAGAAAAAGCUGGAGUAUUAGAUGUUCUUACAAAAGUUUUGGUUGGAUUAUAUGAAGAACCAGAAAAGCCUAACAAUGCAUUAGAUUUUUUACGACAACAUCUUGGUGCCUCAAGCCCCGAAACUGCCGAUGUUGAAGCUUUGAAACUAGAGGUCACAGAAUUGCAACAAAAAAUUGAACAUCUUCAGGAAGAAAAUAAUGAUCUAAAAGCCAAAUUUCAGUUACAACAGUAUGAACCAGACCAGACUACCCCAGAUAAUUAGUUUUAAAUAGUGUGUUUUUCAUGUACAUAAUAAAUAUUUAUAAGUAUUUAUUUCAUACAUUCCUCAUUCAUGAUUUUACUUUCCUGUAAUAAAAGUAUAAUUC